AUGCCGCGGUGGCCGGGGGGCUCGGCGCUGCCCGGGGCGGCCUGCCAGGCCGAGCGCCGCCCGAGCUACGAGAGCCUCUUCCAGAGGCUCGACCGCAACGGCGACGGCGUGGUGGACGUCCACGAGCUGCACCAGGAGCUGCAGCAGCUCAACGUGCCGCUGGGCCGCGACGCCGAGGAGCAACUUUUUAAUAAAGGCGAUACAAAUAAAGAUGGGAAGCUAACUUUCGAAGAAUUUGUGAAGUACCUCAAAGACCAUGAGAUAAAAAUGAGAUUGGCAUUUACAACUCUGGACAAAAAUAAUGAUGGAAAAAUUGAGGCUUCAGAAAUUGUCCAGUCUCUCCAGAUACUAGGUAUAUGUAUUUCAGAAGAGCAAGCAAAGUUAAUUCUUCAAAGCAUUGAUUCUGAUGGGACAAUGUCAGUAGACUGGGAUGAAUGGAUGAAUUAUUUCUUAUUUAAUCCUGUUUCAGAUAUAGAGGGAAUUGUACGUUUUUGGAAACAUUCUACGGGUAUUGACAUUGGAGAGAGUUUAGCUAUUCCAGAUGAAUUCACUGAAGAUGAAAAAAAGUCAGGGCAAUGGUGGAGGCAGCUUUUAGCGGGAGGUAUAGCUGGUGCUGUCUCGAGAACAAGCACUGCUCCUUUGGAUCGACUCAAAGUCAUGAUGCAGGUCCAUGGUUCAAAGUCACACAAAAUGAACGUAUAUGAUGGCUUUCGACAGAUGGUGAAAGAAGGAGGUUUCCAUUCCCUUUGGAGAGGAAACGGUACAAAUGUCCUUAAAAUUGCUCCUGAGACAGCUGUGAAGUUCUGGGCAUAUGAACAGUAUAAGAAGUUGCUUACAGAGGAAGGACAGAAAAUAGGAACCUUUGAGAGAUUUGUUUCUGGUUCCAUGGCUGGAGCAACAGCACAGACAUUUAUUUAUCCUUUGGAGGUUAUGAAAACAAGACUGGCUGUAAGCAAAACUGGACAGUAUUCUGGGAUAUUUGAUUGUGCCAAGAAGACUUUGAAGCAUGAAGGCAUAGGAGCUUUUUAUAAAGGUUAUAUUCCCAAUUUAUUAGGCAUCAUACCUUAUGCUGGUAUAGAUCUGACUGUAUAUGAGCUCUUGAAGACCCAUUGGCUAGAUAAUUUUGCCAAAGACUCUGUCAACCCCGGAGUUGUAGUGUUGCUGGGGUGCGGUGCCUUAUCAAGUACCUGUGGGCAGUUAGCCAGCUACCCUUUAUCUUUGGUGAGAACUCGUAUGCAGGCUCAAGCUAUGGUAGAAGGGGCCCCUCAGCUGAACAUGGUUGGCCUCUUUCGACGAAUAAUUUCCAAAGAAGGAGUAGCAGGACUUUACCGAGGCAUUGCCCCAAACUUCAUGAAGGUGCUCCCAGCUGUAGGCAUCAGUUAUGUGGUUUACGAACAUAUGAAAGAGACUUUAGGAGUAAACAAGAAAUGA